AUGGGCACAACAGCCAGUACCAGGUGUCAUGUUAAAACAAUUACAACGGAAUUAAACAAUCCUGAUUGGAUGGAAUGUGAUAGAAGACGAGCUCGUCAUAGCAUCCCCAUUAUUGGAUCUAUGUUCGCUAAGGGUCCAGCAAGACCUCCUCCAGCCCAAAUUCGGAAAGACAAAGUUAGCCUAAUAAAAAGAGCCAUUAAAGCAGAAGCUGAAGCAAAAGAUUGUGAAGUUAAAAUUAAAAUCUUAGAAAGACAGUUGAGAACGAUUGAACUACGAAACCAUGAUUUGUCAACAGAACUCGUGUGGGUAAAACAACAAAAGGAGGAUAAUCCUCUCAAGACACCAUUCACAUUAGAAAAGGAAGUUGAAAAUGCAUCUAUGACAGUGACUUCAGAAGCUUUAAUUAAUAAAUUGAAGACGGAGAAUGAGGAAUUACGCGAAAAUUCUUUGAAUCUCAUGACAUCAGAAGUCAUGAAAGAUAUUAAAAUAACAGAUCUAGAGAGAGAAAAGGAAGAAUAUAGACAAAGAAUUACUCAUCUUGAAGAACUGUAUCGAGAUAAAAUCGAUGAUCAUAGUUUGGCCAGCGUAAGUCCAUCGCCUAUCCAAACAUCCAUGUUAACAUUAAACUCCUCGGACGAAUUAAACAAGAAUGGUGAGGAGUCGGAAGCUCAAAUGAGGAAGAGAUCGCAGUCGACAACAUUGAAGCCUGAUAAAUCCAUGGGCAUGAGGAGAGCGUCGUUACCCAAAGGAUUUAAAGAGUCAGCCAUUAGUAUUAAUGGAUUCGUAACAGAUGAAGAAGAAGAUUUCGAUUUAACAGAUAUCCUGAGUACAUCUGUACGAUCUACUACAAAGUCAGUGCGAUCACAAUCCGGCAAGAGCCAUGAUUCGGGUUUCAGCUUAUCUGAUUCGACGACUUCUCAAGAUCGUUCUAUUGUAAUAGCUUAG